GAGACAAAGACAGAAAUCUUGUAAUUAUUGACAAUGAUGAUGAUGAGUGGGAGGAGGGGGAAAUUGACAAUGAUAGCAAUGACAAUGAUAUGAGUACAAAUAUUAUUAUUAAUGACAAUGAUAUGAAUAUGGAUAUGAGCAUGGGUAUGAUUAAUUACAAAAAUAAUAAUAUUCAAAUUCAAGAAAACAAUGUUAAUGACAAUAGUAAUGACAAUUGUUUAAAAGGCAAAGAAACUAUUAAUCAAUCUAAUAAUAUCAUUGAAACAUAUCCGCAAUUUCCCUGUGAAAUGUGCAAUGUGACUUUUUCUUCACUAUUAGAAUUAAACAAUCAUAUAGAUUUUAAUCAUCCAGAAGCUUAUUACCCAAUUCCAAUCACUUGUCCUCGAUAUAAAGAAGCUAGUCAUAAUAUAUAUUCGCUUAGUAGACAUAAAAGGCUUGUUCAUGAUAUGAAAACCAAGAAAUGGGGGCUUAGAAUUUGUAACCAUCUUCCAGAAGUCAAAAACCAUGAAUCCAUUGAGGGUGACAUAACCAUUAAAGAAAUAUUAACAGAUAACAAGUUAUUCAAAAAGAGUACAAAACUUCUGAGGAAAUUAAAUCUAAUGUUUUUGAAUCAGCUUGUAACAAUAGAUGGUAAGCAUUUAUUGAGAUGGGACCACUGGUUGGCCAGAAAUAAAACUCAAUCAACUAGGAAAAAACCAAGUUGGUAUGGAAAAAUUGAACAAGUAGUAAUGGAGAAUUCAAUCACUAGAGUCUCAUAA